AUGCCCGUGCAGCAGCAUAUCCUCAACUGGCUGUACAGUGUCCUCACAAGCGAAUACCACGAUGUCAACCGCACAUACAACGACGUCGCCCAGGUCCUGACACAAAACCCGACGCUAUCCCCGCGCACCGACGUUCACACAUUCUCAAACGGCUCAAGUGCGCUUCUCCUUCAUCUCACUGGUACUAUACCCGUCAAUUUUCGUGGUAAUACGUAUCGGUUCCCGAUUUCGAUAUGGGUGCCGCACGCGUACCCCCGCGAACCGCCAUUGGUGUACGUCACGCCCACUGAAACCAUGAUGGUUCGUCCAGGCCAGCAUGUCGAUCCUCAAGGACAGGUCUAUCAUCCGUACCUUGUAGGCUGGUCACAAUUCUGGGAUAAAUCAAGCAUACAAGACUUCAUGUCAGUGCUGUCUGAUAUAUUCGCCAAAGAACCACCCGUUGUGUCAAGACAAGCAGUCCGGCAGCAAUCACAACAGCUGCCGAACCAGGCUCCGCCUCCAGUACCGCCUCUGCCUCCGGAGAUGGCGCCACGACCGUCACAAACACCACAAAGUUCGAUGAGCGAUGCCCGUCCCCCGCCUCCCCCACCAAAGGAACAUCAGGCAUCUCAAUCCCCGUAUACUGGCUCACCUUCCUCCGAGAGGACUGUUCGCACAUCCUCAGUCCCGUCUCGCUAUGAAUCAGCACCUCCACUUCCACCGCAAGCACCAACCUCUCCUCCUCUGUCUCGACAUCCCCAACCGCCGCCUCAGUUCCAGCAAAUCCAGCAGCAGUAUGCGCAGCCUCCCACGGGUUACGGACCUCCUCCGCCUCCAGCGCCGCCCAGUAUACCCCAAAACCAACCAUAUUCACCGCAACAAAUACCAGCUCAUCAGCUUCCACCCCAAUGGCAACAGGGUGGCCCACCACCAGGAUACGCUCCAGCUCCAGGAGGAAUGCCACAUCCAGUCCAGCAUCAGCCGCAACAACAACCUCCCCCUGUUCCACCUCCAAACAUCCUCGACGAACCACUUACUCUCGACAUCCCCACGGACACAACAAUCGCCCCUCCCCCUAUCCCUCCCAACCCAGAAAAGGACAAUCUCCUACAACAGCUCGCUCAAACGCUCUAUGUCAUCCGCCAACGUACUCGGCAGCAGAACGACUCCAGCAUGGCCGGCCUCCAAGCCCAGCGAAACGCAAUGCAAAAUGCCAUGGCAGGUAUUCAGUCCGAGGCAAGCCAGCUCACACAACUAUCCAACGUCCUCACCUCCAACACCAACAUUCUCCACGAUGCUCUGCGAAAGGCAGACGCAGUGAUAGACGGGUCGAGAAGCCACCCUGCCCCAGACAUUGACGAGCUGCUCGUAGCACCGACAAUCGUGUCCAACCAGCUGUAUAACCUGGUGGCAGAGGAGCGAGCCCUCGGCGACGCCAUCUUCAUGCUAGGCAGGGCCGUUGAACGAGGGCGCAUCUCGCCCGCCGUGUUUGCAAAGACCACUCGCUCAUUAGCUAGGGAAUGGUACCUGAAGAAGGCACUCGUACGGAAGAUUGGUCAAGGCAUGGGCAUGGGCAUGGCGUGA